AUGUUUGUCGCACUCUGCUCUGCUUGUCUUUCUAAAGCUCGAUCAUAUAAGCAAAUAGAAUCUUUUGUUGCAGGCGACAAUGAGACCCAUGUCCUAACUUGGGAGGCGAGGCUGCACAUCAUCACAAGAUCAGCUGAGGGCCUUGCACAUCUUCAUGGAGGCUGUGGAGUGAAAAUCAUUCACCGGGACAUAAAAGCCAGCAACGUUCUCCUCGACAAGAAUCUCACAGCGAAGAUCGCGGAUUUCGGGCUUGCCCGAUGCAUUGCUCCUGAUGAGUCUCAUCUUAGCACCGGAAUUGCUGGCACACUCGGUUACAUGGCACCCGAAUAUCUCAUGAGGGGACAGCUAACAGAGAAAGCCGAUGUUUAUGCUUUUGGGGUGCUGGUUCUUGAAAUCUUGAGUGGUAAAAAGAAUAGCACAUACACACAAGGGUCGAGCUCGGUAUUAAACUCGGUAUGGAAGCAUUACAAGUCAAAUAAUUUAGCUGCGUGCAUUGAUCCGGCCUUACGAGGUAAAUUCCCUGUCCUCGAGGCGUCGAGAUUGCUCCAAAUCAGCCUUCUGUGCACUCAAGCCUGCAUGGAAUUGCGACCGCCCAUGUCUGAAGUCAUCGAGAUGCUCCACGACAAAGACCGUGUAGUCCCCCAACCGAACCAACCCCCGUUCGUCAACGCUAGUGUGCUAUUCGACUAUUCCAGUAGCAGAAGCUCUACUCGCACACAUGGCUGUUAAACCAGCUCA